GUUUGCUUGCAGCUGUAGAGAACAAACUCCCUGCUCUUUCCCCGCAACUGCGUCGAAGGACUCUCAUAGAUUCACCACCGUGCACCGCACACGUAGGUAUUCGAUCUCUGGUUGUCGUUUAUUUCGAAUAGAAAGGUAAGAUAGAGGCGGUGGGAGGGGAACUCUUAUGUGCUGCUCUUGAGAUCCCUCAGCAGUUUUCACACGCCACAUCCAGGAGAAAGGGAGAGAAAAAAUGUACAUGGAUAUCCUGGAACAAGAGGUGGAAGCGCUCAGUGCGGAAGUGACACGCCUGCGCCUCAUGGUGCACCGUGUCACGCAGGUGAUGGAGGCGCCUCCAUCACGGCGGCACGGUCAUGCAGAUCCCUUGCAUGUUGCGCCACCAUCUUCUUUCACACGUGACACAGCCCCAGCCGAUCUGCAGGCAACUGUGGACUCCUACAAACAACUUCUUCCACUUAUCCAAGUGUUGCUGGAGCAACAGCGAAGCGCCAAAGAGGUGUCUGGCCACAGGAGCAGCAAGAAGAAGAAAAGUUCGUCUCACAGGCGUCGUCACGAGCACCAUCGCCGUCACCGCUCACGGCGCUCUCCGUCGUCGACCAACGAGUCUUCCUACACCUCGUCUUCGCGCUCCCACAGCACCUCCAGCACAACGGAUCGAUCGUCAGGCAUCGCUACCCCUCGCAUCGACAUCUCCCACGUUGUCCAGCGCUCCCGUGAAGCACCACGCGAGGAGGUGAAGGGACAUGUGGAAGCCCCACCGUCGACAUCCACCUCCGCAAACAAUCCCGCCGCUGCACCGUCACUGGCGGCCCAACACGCCGCCUCUGCCGCAGCAGCAACGGAGCGUCGCCGCCCGAGCACCGUGUCGAUCGAGGAGACGCCAUCACGGGCGGAGCAGCAAGGCUACUCGUCCACACCGACGCCAAAGUCUGGCUCUGUCGUAGACCGCCUGCGCGCGCAGCGUGGGCUGACGAGUCAACAAGAGGACAAGAGUUUGUCAACGGAGUCUAGCGAAGACAUGCCCGCGUGCAAGUCGCUCACACGCUCUGCAACAACUUCGGCAGCGACUUCUCCAUCCGCCGCAGUCAAACGACCACCGCACGGCUCUACGAGCACGUCAAAGAUGGCAGCAGGACCAGCAGCAGCAAAGGCAGUUGCCAAGAAGUCACAUCUUCUCGACGCGUCCUACAGUAUGGCCUCCAGCAAACUACUGGAUGCACCCUUGGCCAGUGAGGCAGUACAGAGUGCUGCGAAACAGCGUAUGGAUAGCGGGCCGCCCGCUUCUCUGCCAGCGGAGGAGAUGGGCUGCUACGUCUCCUCUCCCGACCUUGCUGUGUGGGACGUCUCUCACGCGGCGGCCGACACACCAGCGGAAGGAAGGCGCGAUGGCGUCCACCCAUCCAGCCCGCAUCACGGGCGCUCCACCGCGAACAGUCUCCAAUUCAGCGAUCAGGGCCGAUACAGCUACAGCAUGUUCAACUCGCUGGCCAACUCGCCAUCCAUUAGCCAAGUGGCCGAUGAUUCGGCGAAGGGCACACGCACAGACACCACCGCCGGAACCUCUGCCGCACUGGAGCCGACACACGCGGUGCCCAGCGGCAAGCUGCUGCCCCAACAGACGAUCGUGAUGUCGCGUGCACGGCAUAUGUCAUCCGACAGCAGCAGCAGCAGUAACUCGACCGAUGAUGACCAUGUUGCGCACACCCCUGUCGUCCUCACGACGUCAUCCACUACACGCCCGUUUGGCUCCGGUGUGGUUCUCGGGGCUCGACAGCCGAUCAGCGCACACUCCCCCAGCAGCAGCGGAGCGCCCGCCGCCCUUCCAGCGUUGGGUUGUACAAUUCCGGCACCCAUGAAAGGCACCGUAGCCCCCGCGGAGGUGCACGCCAACCUGACCGCGGGGCGGCACCCGAUGAAGUUCGACAACACCAGCGAAUCUUCUUCUUCUUCGGACGGCGCCGCCGCCGCCGCCGCCGUCUUCCAGCGUCAGCAGGCGCGCCACGCCGUUCACGAAGACCAUCGCGAGUCUAGCUUCCACAACUACUCGGAGACAGCCGUUUCCUCAUCGCCCGCCUCGAUCAACAACGCUCCGUUGCAGAGACAACUGCAACAGCAGCAGCAGCAGCAACAGCUACAGUCGUCGUCGUCAUCACCGCACCAGCAAGAUUUCCCCGCCGCGCUGAGCCAAGACGCCUACAGUUACGCUUUGUUUUUAGCCCAAUACUCCGCGCACGGCUCACCACAUCCGGGAAGCAAUGAGAAUGCAGCAUCACUGGAGUUGUCGCGUGCGGUCAGUCGCCCGGGAACAGCGCGCAGCGAGUCGCACGGUCCCUCGCUGGGUGGCAAGCGCGGCUUCUUCGCCUCGGGUGGGUAUUACUACGACUGCGACUUUGCAAUGCGGAGUCCCAGUCAGCCGAGCACGAUAUCGAACGCAGGGGCGGAGCAUGGUGUCUCCGGCAUCUCCGCCGCUUACGACUAUUAG